CAGACCUGCGGGUUCACCGUUCAAAGUCCGACCCUGGUCCAGACCUGGGAGAGAAGAGGAGCCAUGAACAGACUGAGGGUGAUUUCUGGACACUUGUGUCCCCCCGGCUCCUCCGGCUCCUCCUCGGGCUGCGGGCGGGAGCUGCGGGCCCCGGGCUGCGGCUCCUCGGAGCCGGACUCCGGGGAGGACGUGGUGCUGGUUCACGGACGGAGGACGGCGAUCGGGAAAGCCAAGAGAGGAGCGUUCAAGGACACCACACCUGACGAGCUGCUGAGCGCCGUGAUGGCGGCUGUGCUGGAGGAUGUGGGACUGUCUCCUGACAAGCUGGGCGACGUCUGCGUGGGUAACGUGCUGCAGCCUGGAGCCGGGGCUGUGAUGGCCAGAGUGGCCCACUUCCUCAGUGAGUUUCCAGACACGGUUCCUGUCUGCACCGUCAACAGGCAGUGCUCGUCCGGCCUGCAGGCCCUCUUCAACAUAGCAGGAGCCAUCAGGAGCAGAUCCAUCGACUUGGGCCUCGCUUGUGGUGUGGAGAGCAUGUCGCUGCAGUCCAUCGGUAACCCGGGAGACCUGAGCAGCAGAGUCUCAGACAACGAAAAGGCCAGAGACUGUCUCACACCCAUGGGCAUCACCUCGGAGAACGUGGCCGAGCGCUUCGGCAUCUCCAGAGAGAAGCAGGACGCCUUUGCGCUGAGCUCUCAGCAGAAAGCGGCCCAGGCGCAGAGCUCGGGUCGGUUUGACCAGGAGAUCGUUCCCGUCACCACCAGCGUCGUGGACGGCGAGGGCCGGGAGCGCCGGGUGACGGUGAGCAAAGACGAGGGCGUGCGAGCGGGAACCACCCUGGCGGGACUCGCCAAGCUGCGACCGGCCUUCAAACCGGACGGCAGCACCACCGCAGGGAACUCCAGCCAGGUGAGCGACGGGGCGGCGGCCCUGCUGGUCGGACGCAGGGCUGCCGUGGAGGCCCUGGGUCUGCCGGUCCUGGGGGUCCUGAGGGCCAGCGCAGUGGUGGGGGUCCCUCCUGACGUCAUGGGCAUCGGACCGGCCGUGGCGAUCCCUGCAGCUCUGCAGCAGGCAGGUCUCACCGUGGACGACAUCGACGUGUUUGAAAUCAACGAGGCCUUUGCCAGUCAGGCGCUGUACUGCGUGGAGAAACUGGGCAUCCCUCUGGAGAAGGUGAAUCCCAACGGCGGCGCCAUCGCUCUGGGUCAUCCUCUGGGCUGCACCGGGUCUCGGCAGGUGGUGACGCUGCUCAACGAGCUCAAGCGCAGAGGCAGGAGGGCGUACGGCGUCGUCUCCAUGUGCAUCGGGACCGGGAUGGGAGCCGCUGCCGUCUUCGAGUACCCCGGGCCGCAGCAGUGAGCGUCGUCACUGCGACCGCCAAAGUGCCGGACAGACGAGACCAACCUGCUUCAGACGCUGUCACAGAUCCGCCGUUGCAGCCAUCAAUACCUGGAAGGGUUCCGGGUCCCCUUUACACUGCAGAAACAAAUACGGGGACUAUCCCCGGUUCUAGUCAAAUCAUCUGCUAAUC